GCCAAAAUGAUCAACUUAUUGAAUGAUAGAAGUAAGAACCUUAUUGACGAAAAACUCAACACAUACACAUAUUAACGACUGAAGCUAAAUUCAUGGUGGUUGGUUAGGAAUUCGCCACUUGGGACUCGUUCGUGCAUGACACAUCUGUUAGUCGAAGGGUUGCGGUGUGUAAGAUAUGGAAGAAAACGUGGCUUUGAGUUUGAGGGAGCCUCUCAUGGCACCACCACAUCAACACCACCACCCUUCUUCUUCUCUCAUCACUAAAUUAUAUUUUGGUCACUUCUUAGCAAGAUGGGGCACCAGGAUGUGGGAAUUCUCUGUAGGUUUGUAUAUGAUAAACAUAUGGCCAGACUCAUUGCUCUAUGCAGCCAUAUAUGGUGCUGUUGAAUCUGCCUCCACCGCGGUUUUCGGCCCUAUGAUCGGAAGAUGGCUUGAUAGGUUAUCUUAUGUCAAGGUUUUGCAAUUGUGGUUGGUGACACAAAACCUCUCUUUUGUUAUCGCUGGCGUCGCGGUGAUCACAUUGCUUGUCUCUUCGUCUUUGAAGUAUACAAAUUUCUUAGUUUUCAUACAGCUGGUUGUGUUAAUCAAUGUCUGUGGAGGCAUUAGUGUGCUUUCCACGCUCGCCGGAACCAUCUUAAUCGAAAGAGACUGGUUGUUGGUUAUAUCAGAAGGUGAACCACCGGAAUUGCUGACAAAAAUGAAUUCGGUUACAAGGCGCAUCGAUCUAACAUGCAAGCUUCUCGCUCCGGUUAUAACUGGCUUCAUAAUAAGUUUCUUGUCGCUCAAGGCAUCGGCUAUAACUCUAGCACUCUGGAACACUGUAUCUGUUUGGGUGGAGUACUGGCUUUUCAGUUCUGUAUACAAUGGAAUUCCAGCUUUGAAACAAAGUAACCAAAGAAGGGUGGCAAAGAUUUUACAAAGUGAUGAUGAGGAAAGGAAUGAAAUAACUUUGGAAGGUAACUCAUCACAAGUGGAUGAUAUAUCAAGAAGCAAAAGUUUUUGUGAGUGGAUCUCAGAGAUACCUUAUGUUGUUGCAUGGAGAGUUUAUUUGCAGCAAGAAGUUGUCAUUCCUGGAAUAGCUCUGGCUUUGUUGUUUUUCACUGUGCUAAGCUUUGGAACUUUGAUGACAGCCACAUUAGAAUGGGAAGGCAUACCUGCAUAUAUCAUUGGAAUUGGAAGAGGAAUAAGUGCUGUAAUUGGAAUUGGUGCAACAGUUGCAUAUCCUGUGCUACAAUCUCAGAUAUCAACUAUCAGAACUGGACUUUGGUCUAUCUGGUCUCAGUGGACCUGCCUCUUACCAUGUGUAGCUGCCAUAUGGAUCCAUAGUGGAAAUAUAUCAUCAUAUACUUUGAUGGCAAGUGUGGCUUUAUCUAGGCUUGGGUUGUGGAUGUUUGACUUAUCUGUACUUCAACAAAUGCAGGACCUUGUUCCUGAAUCAGAUCGUUUGGUUGUUGGAGGAGUUCAGAAUUCACUUCAAGCUGUCAUGGAUUUAUUGGCUUAUAUUAUGGGAAUCAUAAUAUCGGAUCCCCGGGACUUUUGGAAAUUGACUUUAUUGUCAUAUUUGGCUGUUACGUUGGCUGCUGUCCUCUACUGCGUCCACGUGUAUCGCGUGCGCCGGCAUUUGUUUCACUUCGAUCGGAUACUGUGGGUUAAAUAUUUCAUAAGAGUAGCAUCUUAAGGAGUUAUUUCAUAACUCUUUCAAAACAGAUAUGAAGAUAUUAGAAGAUACAAAUUGUUUAGAGAAAGAGACAGAUAUAAAUAUGAAACAGACAAAAUAUAUUUGUUCGGUGAUAAAAUUUGUCUAAUUUUCUGUCCGUUAAAACUAACGCAAAAAAAUAGAUGUAAUGU